AUGCGGGCAACGGACGUGCCAAAGACUGCUUUUCGAACCAGGUAUGGGCAUUAUGAAUUCUUAGUAAUGUCCUUUGGGCUUACGAAUGCCCCUGCUGCUUUCAUGAGCCUAAUGAACGGAAUUUUUAAGCCAUAUUUAGACCUCUUUGUUAUUGUAUUCAUUGAUGAUAUCCUGAUAUACUCGAAGAGCAGGAGGGAACACGAGGAGCAUUUGAGAAUUGUAUUGGGGUUGUUGAGGGAGAAAAAGCUUUAUGCCAAAUUCUCCAAGUGUGAGUUUUGGCUCGAUUCAGUGUCCUUCUUGGGGCACGUGGUUUCUAAGGAGGGAGUGAUGGUGGAUCCCUCUAAGAUUGAAGCAGUGAAGAGUUGGGUAAGGCCUACUAAUGUUUCAGAGGUAAGGAGCUUUGUUGGUUUAGCUAGCUACUACCGCCGAUUCGUACAGGGAUUCUCUUCCAUUGCUUCCCAGUUGACCAAUUUGACCAAGCAGAAUGUUCCAUUUGUAUGGUCGAAUGAGUGUGAAGAAAGCUUCCUGAAACUCAAGACCUUGUUGACUACUGCACCGAUUCUUGCCCUGCCCGUGGAAGGUAAGAAUUUCAUUGUUUAUUGUGAUGCAUCUUAUUCUGGUUUGGGUGCAGUGCUAAUGCAGGAGAGGAAUGUAAUUGCCUAUGCUUCAAGGCAAUUGAAAGUGCAUGAACGUAAUUAUCCAACCCAUGAUUUGGAGUUGGCUGCAGUUGUAUUCGCAUUGAAGCAGUGGAGGCAUUAUCUAUAUGGGGUCAAGUGUGAAGUGUAUACAGAUCAUCGCAGAAAGCAAUUUGAGGAUGAGAAGCUGAGUCGAAUUCGAGAUAUGGUGUUACGGGGAGAGGCUAAGGAGGCUGUGAUCGAUGAGGAAGGUGUCUUGAGAAUUAAGGGGCGAGUGUGUGUGCCCCGUGUUGGUGACUUGACUCAUACUAUUCUUGCAGAGGCUCAUAGUUCGAGGUAUUCUAUACAUCCUGGUGCAACCAAGAUGUAUCGUGAUCUGAGACAACAUUAUUGGUGGAGUAGAAUGAAGCGUGACAUUGUUAAUUUUGUUGCCCAAUGUCCAAACUGUCAGCAGGUAAAGUAUGAACAUCAGAGGCCUGGAGGGACACUUCAGAGAAUGCCCAUUCCGGAAUGGAAGUUAACUAAGUCUGCUCACUUCGUUCCGGUCAAGAUGACUUACAAUGCAGAGAAGUUAGCCAAACUCUAUAUCCGUGAGAUCGUUCGAUUGCAUGGAGUUCCAAUUUCCAUCAUAUCAGAUAGAGGUACUAGAUUGGAUCUUAGUACCGCAUUUCACCCUCAGACCGAUGGACAGUCUGAGCGAACAAUUCAAGUGUUGGAGGAUAUGCUUCGUGCGUGCGUGAUAGAUUUUGGUGGUCAUUGGGAUCAAUUCUUGCCUUUAGCAGAGUUUUCAUGUAGGUCUCCUAUUGGCUGGUUUGAUUCAUUUGAGGUGAGGCCUUGGGGUACCGAUCUCUUGAGGGAAUCGUUAGAGAAAGUGAAAUUCAUUCAGGAGAAGCUUUUAGCAGCUCAGAGCAGGCAGAAGGAGUAUGCAGAUCGGAAAGUUAGGGACUUGGAGUUUAUGGAAGGUGAGCAAGUCUUGCUAAAGGUUUCACCCAUGAUGGGUGUGAUGCGGUUUGGUAAGCGAGGUAAGUUUAGUCCGAGGUACAUUGGGCCAUUUGAAGUUCUUAAGCGCGUGGGGGAGGUGGCCUAUGAAUUGGCCUUGCCUCCAGGGUUGUCAGGUGUGCACCCGAUAUUUCAUGUGUCCAUGCUGAAAAAAUACCAUGGUGAUGGAAACUACAUUAUUCGUUGGGAUUCAGUACUGCUUGAUGAGAAUCUGUCUUAUGAGGAGGAGCCUGUAGCUAUUCUAGAUAGGGAAGUUCGCAAGUUGAGGUCAAAGGAGAUUGCAUCUAUCAAGGUUCAGUGGAAGAACCGGCCAGUCGAAGAGUCCACUUGGGAGAGUGAGGUUGAUAUACAUGAAAGAUAUCCACACCUUUUUGUCGAUUCAGGUACCAUUUCUUACCCUCACCUUCUUUUGAUCGUUCGAGGACGAACGAUGGGUAAAUUGGUAUCUACUGUAAUGACUCAUUUAGUCGUUUUGAGUACUAGAGCUUUUUAUCGUAUAAAUUACUCUUCCGAUAGAUUUUAA